AUGGUGAAAGCUUCUGAUGACAAUGUUGAACCUAUCUCAAAUCAGCUUUUAAAGGAUUGGGAACAAGGAUCAAAUCUAUUAGCUACAGAAAAUCCUAAUAUAUCAAAAAUACCUACAAAUGAACCACCUUCUUUAUUAGCAGCACAACAUACUACUAUUAUUAUAGGCUUCAGUCACCUUCUCAUAGAGGUGGCAUUUCAAGUAAUAUUGAUAGAGGGGUACCACUUCCGUCAAGAUUUUAGUUUUCUCGAAUUCGUUCUAAUAUGA